CCCGCGAGCCCGCCCCUCCGGCUGGCCGCGUGACUACGCGGGACUCUGCGGGGGUUUGCGGGGGUUUGCGGGGCGGCGGGCGCGCAGGUGAGCGGGCCGCUCAGGUGAGCCGCUGUCGGCGGGCGCGCGCUCUCAGGCCUCCAGGAACUGCCUGCACUGCCCCAGACAGGCAGACGUCCACCAUGGCUGUGCUGUGGCCACCCUGUUCCAGGCUGCUGGUGGGAGUCUGUGCCCUCAUCUCCUUGGCCACAGUUGUCCUCCUGGGGCAUAUCCUGCUUUGUGACUUCCCAGUGGUUCCCCAAGAGCUACGAGACUUUCCCCGAGGACUGGAAGAGACUGCCCAAGCUCACCAGCCAGGAGCUGGCAGGCCCGAGCCCCAGCACACCUGGGAACAUCCUGGCCAGCCUGGAACAGCACCAGCACAGUGUGACAUCCCUCCCAACAGCCGCUUUGACUGUGCCCCGGACAAGGCUGUCACCCAGGAGCAGUGUGAGGCCCGUGGCUGCUGCUAUGUCCCUGCAAGGAAGGGCCCAGGGGGUCCCCUGAUGGGGCAGCCCUGGUGUUUCUUCCCACCCAGCUACCCGAGCUACCGCCUGCAGAACCUCAGCUCCUCGGAAACGGGCUACACGGCCACCCUGACCCGUGCUACCCCCACCUUCUUCCCUAAGGACAUCCUGACUUUACGGCUGGACGUGUUCAUGGAGACAGAGAACCGCCUCCACUUCACGAUCAAAGAUCCGGCUAACAAGCGCUAUGAGGUACCCUUGGAGACCCCGAAAGUGCAUAGCCAUGCGCCAUCCCCACUGUAUAGCGUGGAGUUCUCUGAGGACCCCUUCGGCGUGGUUGUGCGCAGGAAACUGGAUGGCCGGGUGCUGCUGAACACCACCGUGGCUCCCCUGUUCUUCGCCGACCAGUUUCUGCAACUGUCCACCUCCCUGCCCUCUCAGUACAUCACCGGCCUUGCCGAGCACCUCAGCCCCCUGAUGCUCAGAACUGAAUGGACCAGGGUCACCCUCUGGAACCGGGACUUGGCCCCCUCGCCCAGUGCCAACCUCUAUGGAUCACACCCUUUCUAUCUGGCUCUGGAGGAUGGUGGCUCAGCCCACGGCGUCUUCCUGCUAAACAGCAAUGCCAUGGAUGUGGUCCUGCAGCCCAGCCCAGCCCUCAGCUGGAGGUCAACAGGUGGGAUCCUGGAUGUGUAUGUCUUCCUGGGACCAGAGCCCAAGAGUGUGGUGCAGCAGUACCUGGAUGUUGUGGGGCACCCCUUCAUGCCGCCAUAUUGGGGCCUGGGCUUCCACCUCUGCCGCUGGGGCUACUCCUCCACUGCCAUCCUCCGCCAGGUGGUGGAGAACAUGACCAGGGCCCACUUCCCCCUGGAUGUGCAGUGGAAUGACCUGGACUACAUGGAUGCACGGAGGGACUUCACUUUCAACAAGGAUGGCUUUGCAGACUUCCCAGCUACUGUGCAUGAGCUCCACCAGGGUGGCCGGCGGUACAUGAUGAUCGUGGAUCCUGCCAUCAGCAGCUCAGGCCCUGCUGGCACUUACAGACCCUAUGAUGAGGGUCUGCGGCGGGGAGUUUUCAUCACCAAUGAGACUGGGCAGCCCCUGAUCGGAAAGGUAUGGCCUGGACCCACUGCCUUCCCUGACUUCACCAACCCUGAGGCCCUUGACUGGUGGCAGGACAUGGUGUCUGAGUUCCAUGCCCAGGUGCCCUUCGAUGGCAUGUGGAUUGACAUGAAUGAACCAUCAAACUUCGUGAGGGGCUCUGAGCAUGGUUGCCCAGACAACGAGCUGGAAAACCCACCUUAUCUGCCUGGGGUGGUAGGCGGGACCCUGCAGGCAGCCACCAUCUGUGCCUCCAGCCACCAGUUCCUGUCCACACACUACAACCUCCACAACCUGUACGGCCUGACUGAAGCCAUUGCCUCCAACAGGGCCCUGGUGAAGGCUCGGGGAACACGCCCCUUUGUGAUCUCCCGCUCAACCUUUGCUGGCCACGGCCGGUAUGCCGGCCACUGGACAGGGGACGUGUGGAGCAGCUGGGAGCAGCUUUCCUACUCUGUGGCAGAAAUCCUGCAGUUUAACCUGCUGGGGGUGCCCCUGGUCGGAGCAGACAUCUGUGGCUUCCUGGGCAACACCUCAGAGGAGCUGUGUGUGCGUUGGACCCAGCUGGGAGCCUUCUACCCCUUCAUGCGCAACCACAAUGACCUGCACAGCCAGCCCCAAGAGCCGUACAGAUUCAGCGAGCCCGCGCAGCAGGCCAUGAGGAAGGCUUUUGCCCUGCGCUAUGCGCUGCUGCCCUACCUCUACACGCUGUUCCACCAUGCCCACGUCAGGGGCCAGACCGUCGCCCGACCGCUCUUCCUGGAGUUCCCCGAGGACCCGAGCACCUGGACGGUGGACCGUCAGCUCUUGUGGGGGGAGGCUCUGCUCAUCACGCCCGUGCUUGAGCCUGGGAAGAGUGAAGUCACUGGCUACUUCCCCUCGGGCACGUGGUAUGACCUGCAGGUGGUACCAGUAGAGGCCCUGGGCAGCCUCCUGCUUCCGCCCCCAGCAUCCCCCAGCCCUGCCAUCCACAGUGAGGGGCAAUGGGUGAUGCUUCCAGCCCCCCUGGAUACCAUCAAUGUCCACUUGCGGGCUGGGUACAUUGUGCCUAUGCAGGCCCCUGGCCUCACAACCACAGAGUCCCGCAAGCAGCCCAUGGCCCUGGCUGUGGCCCUGAGCACGAGCAGCGAGGCAUGUGGGGAGCUGUUCUGGGACGAUGGGGACAGCCUCGGGGUGCUAGAACGCGGGGCCUACACACAGGUCAUCUUCCUGGCCAGAAAUAACACCAUUGUGAACCAGGUGGAGCGCCUGACCGGGGAGGGGGCCGACCUGCAGCUGAAGAAAGUGACUGUCCUGGGAGUGGCCACAGCCCCCCGGCAGGUCCUCUCCAAUGACAUCCCUGUCUCCAACUUCACCUAUAGCCCUGACACCAAGACCUUGGCCAUCCCCGUCGCACUGUCCGUGGGAGAGCAGUUCCGCAUCAGCUGGUCCUAGUGGCAACAAUGCCCAUCUUUCCAGGGAGGCGCUAUGUGCCGGAGGCACCGAGCAUAGGACGGCUGUUGGGCCCCUUGUCUGAGUCCAAGACACACACACACACACCACUGUCAGCGCCCUCAGCCACUGUGUUAGGGCAUCAUAAGGUGAGGGUGAGUCUGGCCUCCUGCUCUGUCACCAUGUGCAGUAGUGUCACCUGCCACCACUGCCAUCUGUCCCCAAUGCCAGAGAAGGUGGUGUACUCAGGACACAGACGGUGUGUACUCAGGACACAGACAUUGUACCUGCACCAAGGUCAAGCCAUCUGGGUGCAGCAACUGUGAAUACAUUGAAAGGACAAAGCUGUGACGCUGUGGAGUCCAGAGACUUAGAAGGUGCUCCCUGAGCAGUUAUGUUUAAUAAAAGUGGCAUCGAGAACCAGCA